UCUCUCUCUCUCUCUCUAUCUCUCUCUCUCACACGCACAGACGAUGACCGGGAAGAGGAGCCAGACAAGCCCGGUCGGGAGCCCCUUGUCGGGCAACAUGUCCGACGGCUCGAGCUACAGCUCGAAGGAGCAGGACCGGUUCCUGCCGAUCGCCAACGUGAGCCGGAUCAUGAAGCGGUCCCUCCCUGCGAACGCCAAGAUCUCCAAGGAGGCCAAGGAGACCGUCCAGGAGUGCGUCUCGGAGUUCAUCAGCUUCGUCACCGGGGAGGCCUCCGACAAGUGCCAGCGCGAGAAGCGCAAGACCAUCAACGGCGAUGACCUCCUCUGGGCCAUGACCACCCUCGGCUCCGAGAACUACGUCGCCCCCCUCAAGGUGUACCUCAACCGGCACCACGAGGCCGAGGGCGACAAGGGUGCCGCCGCUGCCGCCGGCACGGGGAGGGGCCACGAGAACCCGCCGGCCCCGUCGGGGGCAGAGCAAAGGGUCAACGGCGUGGGGGAUUUUCAGAGCUUUUAUGGGUUGGUCGCUGCUGGGGGUGGGUUCAACGUGAAUCGGAUGAUGAUGGGUGAGAAUGGGGAUGGGAGUGGAAAUAAAGUUAUGGUUCCUCAAAUUCACAAUGGGGUGGGGCGGUAGAGAAAUUUUAGAGUUUUAAUUAAUUAAUUUCAAGUGGGAAUAUAACCACCAAUUUGUUAGUUGGUA